AUGCCCCGUAAACGGUCGUCAAAGGUCACUGCUGAGGUCACGCUCCCGGACGACCUCCUAUCGGAUCCGAUCACCACGCCGGCUCCUGUUGUGGAUGGGGCUGAGAAGCAAGGCUCAAACGAUGCGGUUACUGUUAAUGCAGUCACGGACAAUGCUGCGCAGUCCGUCAAGGAAUCGGCUACUACUACUGCUGCUGACGUCGCUGGUGGUUCUGGACUAUCAGUGGAAGAGAAGUUUCAAGACAACCAGGCUCCUAUUGCUGUGCUUGACGAGUUCCUGGAGGAUGAUGAGGAUGAAGAGCUGGAGAUCGACAUUGCCAAGGAAGAUGCUUUUCGUCUUCGUUAUACAGCAAUCUUACUCAUUCCAAUGCAUACAGAGAACGCUUCGUACCUUAAGGAGAAGGCUACUCGUCCCCUUGCUAUUGAAGUGGUGUUCCGGCGAGUGCCUGCUAACAUUGUCCCGGAUGUUUUGAAGGACCUGCUUGUCCGUUUCAAACUGAAGAAGCGUCAGCAGUCGGCUUUCAAGGAAGGGUUUGGUUUCCAUCGGGUGGCUCACCCACUCACCGGAGCUGACACCGAUGUUAUCAAAGGCCUGACUUACCUUUCUCAUCUCUCACUGACGAUCUCUGUUGCGCUCGCAGCUGCUUCUCUGCGCACCUCCGCCCUCGUCACCCCCAUACUGAAAGAUCCAUCCAUCGCUCUUGUCUCGACCGGCAGCAACCGCGAAGAAUGGAUCUGCACGCAAGUGUGCUGCGGGAAGGCGAAGGGGAAAACUUUCUUGGCUGCGGCGGAUCACAUCAUCUCUUCGACUCACCUGCUGAACCAGGAGAAGAUGGGUACUGCCACAAAAGCCUCCAUGGACAAGGCUGCUCUUGCCGCAGCCCUGGGCAGGCCUGGAAUUCGGAAAGCGGUAGAGGCUGCCUUGGCGAAAGCGGCUGAGGAUGGAGAUGGUAAUUUCGAGUUACUACUUGGGAGGCUCAAUGCUGGUUUACGUGCGUACAUGAAGGAGGAGAAAAAAAGAGUAAAGAAAACAACGGCUCAUCUGGCGGAGGUAGUGGCGGAGCUACAUCAGGAGCAGAUGCGCAACCCGAGCUGUCAAAAGACGAGUGAUCUGUUUCACGUCAGGGACGCGCAGCUGAGAGAGUACCAUGCAUCAAAACGGGACAGACUUCACGUGAUGACAGGGACGGAUUCGGAGUUAGCUGGGGAGGUCCCUUCGCCUUUCCUAUCGGCGAGAGUCAAGGUCAGGAAGCAGAAGACACAGAUUGCAGAGCUGAAGGUGGGAGGCGUCAAGAUUUCUGACUCACCCGGGAUUCUGACGGCCGCGACGCAGUAUUUCACGGACCUUUUCGGCACUGACGGUCGGACAUCAGCAGAGCGGUGGAAACCGCUUGCAGGGAGAAAGUUGGAUGCAGAGUCGGCGGCUGGGCUCGCAGCAGAUUGGACAGAAGAGGAGGUUAAACAGGCCUUCAAAGCGCUUGCAGACGGCAAAUCACCCGGGAAGGAUGGGCUCCCGAAAGAGCUGUUUGAAAGACACUGGGAUGUCCUCGGCAAGGAGUUCCUCCGCAUGGCGCAAUCCUUCUCGGUUUCAGCAACCAUUCCUGCAAGCAUCAAAGAAGCGAUUACUAUUCUGCUCCAUAAAAAGGGAGAGAAGGACAAUCUGGACAACUAUCGUCCGAUCACACUUCUGAACUUCACGUACAAGGUGCUGGCGCGGGUGGUGGCGAACCGGAUGAAGAUGCACCUGCACAAGGUGAUCUCGGCGGAGCAGUACGGCUUUAUUCCCGCCAGGAGAAUCUCGGAGGCCAUCGGUGUGGUUGCUGAUGUUAUUGAGGCGGCGAAAAAGGGGAAUGAAGACUGGUACAUGCUGCUGGUAGAUUUCCGCAAGGCCUUCGACUCGGUGUCUAGAAGCUUCCUUUUCAGCAUCCUCAAGGAAAUGGGCUUCCCAGAGAGAUUCGUCGGCUGGGUGGAAGGUCUGCACAAAGACACAAGAACAAGGUUAUUAAUCAACAGUUGGCUGGGGGAAGCAGUGGAUGUUAAGUCGAGGGUGAGACAGGGCUGCCCACUCGCUCCGUACCUGUUUCUCUGCGCGGUGGAACCGCUGGCGCAAGAGGCAGAGCGUCGGAAGAUUGGUCUCUGCAACAAGGCAAACCAACGGUUAGCGUAUGUCGGUUACGCGGACGACACGACACUCUUUUUGGAUGGGAAAAGACAAAUCGCCAGGGCUGAGAAGCUGUUAGCCUGGUUUGCUGGACUGUCAGGGCUGCAGACGAACAAGGGCAAAUCGGUGAUCCUCCCGAUCGGCCACAACAUUGGGAGGAGACCAGGGACGCUGGGCGGCUUUAAAUGGGCCAAGGCGGACGAAGCGGAGAGAGUCCUGGGAGUCUGGGUCACCCCCUCUGGAAGCAGUGAGCCGACCUGGAAGCGGGCUUUUGAAAAAAUAAUAGUGGAGUUGAUUAAGUGGAAGGCGCUCUUCCUCACGAUUGCGGCGAGGGUUGUGAUUAUCAACUGCUACAUCACACCGAGAAUAGCAUACCAGGCGCAGGUCUAUCCCCCGUCAGAGGAGAUCUGGAAGAAGCUCGUUAAGCUGAUUCACAAUUUCUUAACGGGGAACAAUGCAUCGGCUGAGAAAGGGUUUGUGCUGUGGAACUGGGGGCUGCUUACCACGCCGAAAGCCGACGGAGGUCUCGGAGUUCUGGACCCAGGAGUGCUUCUCGCCUGCCUUGCCGCGAGAAGGAUUGGCUGCUUGCUGCUGGAGAAGAACAAAAAAAAAAAGGAAAUCACGCUCAAGGCGGCGGGAUUACCGCUCGGAGAGGACACGUUCCUGGCUCAUGAACGGUUGCUGAAGCACUGGCCGGGAGAAAACGAGCGCUGGUUACAGACAUGCGAGACUUUCAUGAAAUCCCCGAUGGCGGACACUGGGAAGUCAGACAGCAAAGAGGAGGUGGCGCAAGAAAGGGUGGUUUUUAACCGGAAGCUGCUUCUGAACUGCACGAACCCAGUGGGUGGACAAAAGGAGGCUAAGGGCCUCUGGGGGACGAGGCUGGGUGACCUGGUAACCACGCGUCAGGACGGUACGGUGGAGAUUAAGGACAUGGAUACGCUUGAGCGGGAGCUGCGUAGCAGGGACUCAGCCCGGCUGGCUCUCAAAGCACUUGAUGCAGCCCCGCAAGAAUGGAAGGAAGUGCUCAUCCCGGAUGCCAGUAGAAAGGGGGCUGGAUCUGGGGUGAAAAAAUCGUCUGGGAACAGCGGCGGUGGCGAACAUGCAGCGGCUACAAUUUUUCGUUCGGGGAUUUUCACGAACGGGCAGCUGUCAUCCCUGAAGCAGCUGAGGGAAUCGUGGGCCGUGCCAGACGCGGUCUCCACGAAGCAGGAGAAGUGGGUCGGCAAGUGGAGCGGCAAGAUAGACUGGGACCAAAUUAUCCACACCUGA